AUGUCUCUCAAACUUCUUCAAUUGAUUGCAGCCUUGGCUGCUUCUGCGCAUGGCCUUGCUGUUCCAGAUAGCCAAGGCGCUGCUUUCAGUGUCGAUGCUUUACCUUCGACAUCAGAGGAGUUCGAUCCAGCUGCCGAGAGGCAGAUGCUCGAGGCGAAAUACCCUGCGACGCAUGGCGAUAUCAAAGAAGCGCGUAGCGUGAAGCAGUCAGGCUCUGCCAAAGUGAAGCCUGCCUCAUCUGGCCUGUCCUUCUUCGUCCCUACAGUCGUCGGAAACCAGACUUUCAAGUUGAUCUACGACACGGGCUCUGCUGAUUUGUGGGUAUAUUCCAACGAGUCUUCUCCCUUCCAGAGCCUGGACCACCCAACCUAUGUCCCAACAUCAUCCGCAGAGCUUCUUAAGAACUAUAACUGGUCCAUCAAGUACGCAUUUGGCAGUGAGGUCAGCGGUGUCGUUUACACCGACACCGUCAAGGCGGGCCCCGUUGUAGCCCACAAGCAAGCCGUCGAAGCUGCCACCAUCAUCCAAGCUGAGUUCGCCUCCGAUGGUAUUCUAGGUCUCGCAUUCAGUACCAUCAACACCGUCCAGCCCAAGAAGCAAAAGACUUUCUUCGAAACUCUCCUGCCUACUCUGAAAAAGAAGGUUUUUGCUGCGAAUCUCAGACUCGAUGGCAAGCCUGCGACUUGGGACUUUGGAUACAUUGACGACACCAAGUUCAAGGGCAAAAUCGCCUACACCCCCGUUGUCAGCCAGAAGUACUGGUCAAUGAAUGUGAGCACCUAUGCCAUUGGCAAAGGCUCUUUCACCAGCAGCAAGAAGACAGUUGGAGAGGUCCUCGUCGACUCCGGCACGUCCCUUGUUUACCUCCCUGAAGCUGUGGUGAACGACUAUUACAGCCACAUCAGGGGCUACAAGCUCCUAGAAGGGGGCAGUCGCACAUUCCCAUGCAACAGCACCAUUCCCGACUUCCACUUCAAGAUCGACAGCACCACGCUCUCUAUUCCCGGGCGAGAUGUUAACUACACUGUAUAUGACCCCGCUGAGCGUACCUGUGUUGGAGCGAUCCAGACUCAGCUUAACAGCAAGUACUCUGUGCUAGGAAACUUGUUUAUGAGAAACUACUAUGUUGUUCAUAGCCGGGAGGAGGCUACCCCAAAGCUUGGCUUUGCGCCGCAUUGA